AAUACAAAUAGAUCAGUAAUGUUGGACGCACAUUUCAAGACGAUCCCAUGCAGUUGGUCCAACCUACCGUAAUGUGAGCCAACGAUGUUGGGCUCCGGCUAAGCGCGUAGACCGUCUUGUCGAAGCACAGCACGAGCUUAGCGUCCGCCACACCAAAUUCCUUCACCGCCGGGUUGGUAUUUGUCUGCAGCGAGCCCACCGUGCCUCGGACCGCCAGGCUGCACAGGAUCACGGUCAGGCAGAACGCACUCAGCCGGUACGUGGGAUGCAUUUUUAUCGAUUUCCUUGUUUAUCGAGCCAGCGACGGAACUGAAACAUGUCCCGCACGAAGCGGUAACUUUUAUAGAAUCCCUUCGCGCCGCGCCUGACGGUGCAGCACGGCAAAGGGAAGGAUGUGCUGGGAGCAGUGCAUUUCGGUGCAAGGGGUGCAGGUGAAAUUUUAUUUCACGUCCGUUACCACUUUUGGCUGCUACCAAAAGUGUCUUCGCUUCGCAAAUCCGGAAACGUUCUCCAAGCCCGGCCAUACAAACGAUUGGAAGGAAAUAAAGGUAACUUUCUCUGGGUAAGAUCGUGUGAGAAAGUGGUAGAAACAGGAGAUAAAAAUUGAAACCAAUUUUUGGAGUGGUCGGUUUUUUGGUUUGUUUUUGUUUUCGUCGGGGGGAAAGGACAUUAAACUGUCGGCUCAAUGAGGCUGUCCUCAAUUACAGGUACACCGCAGGAGUGCAAAACGUAACGGCUUGGAAGUUUAUAAAAGCGGCUUGGUUGGGCACACCGCCCGGCAUACAGAACGGACCGCACUAGCAGAAUGCAUCGGACAGCGGGAUUUGUGCUGAUCGCGGGACUGAUCGUCGUCCUCUGCCCGGAUGUCCGGGGCCUGUACACGUCGAGCGAUGUGAACACGUCGAAGCAGAGCUAUUUUUUCGGCGCAAAAGAUGCGGCCGACAUUUUGUGCUACUCCAAAACGCUUCUCAAAGGCUCGGUAAUGCCACAGGAUGUGUCGUACACCAAUCCGACAGCGGCUAAAAACAUCAACUUUAUUACGCUGGCGGCAGACAGGUACUCAACGCACGGAUUUACGGCCGAUAUUUCUAGUGGCAAGAUUGGAACAACGACCGUUACAAUUAAGAUAAAUGCAAAGUCUAUUUUGCCGUACGCCAUUAUAGUGAAGUACUAUUGUGUAAAGUAAUAUAGCAGCAGUAAGAAAGGAGCGCAUUGUUUUGUUACUUUAAUAAAUAUUUAUUGUCAAAUUUUUAACCAGUUGACUUGAAUUAUUCUUACAAUUAUGACUAUAAAUUUGAAUGUUUGUAUGGUCCGCGGCAGUGAUCGGCAAAUUUUGCGACGAAAAGAAGUACAUUCCUUUAAAAUGCCCCAAGAGCUCCACGUAAUGAGUCCAAUUGAUAGAAUAAUUUUUCAAAAUGUAUGAUGGUUUAAUCACAUGCAUGAAGGAAAAUGAGCCGGCAUAUAGAAAGCAAACAGCCACAAAGCCUUACUCUGCCGAUCACACGUUUUGGACAUUUACUUUUAGCAACAAAAAAUCAGAAUAUUUCGUGUAUUCAAUAAAUAAUUCGCUGGAAAAUACAUUUGCUCCGUUCCACCAAUCGCAAGUAUUAAGUUUAAGUUUAAUGAGCGACCGUUCUUUUUGUAGUAACAGGGUUUGUUUUACUCGUAAAUAUAUUGUUGAAAAAAAUUAG